AUGCUCCGGGAUGGCGCUGCUCCCCUCCCCCUGCCCCGGGCCGCCGGGAAGGGCAGCUCGGCUAAUGCCGGGGAUGACACAACAGGCCCGGCCACCCGACCCGGAGGCUACCGAGGGGCCCAACGCUACAGCGCCCCGCGCCCGCCUCCUCGGCGCCCCCUAAAAGAGCGGAGAGGCCCCGAGUACCUAGUAAUUUUCAGGUGGUGGAAAAUCUCACUCAGGAAUGAAUUUCAUGAACUGAGACCUGGAAAAAUUAAAGAAUCCCAGGAGGAUUUUUUGGAUGAUUAAUCUCUUCAUAUUCAGAUUGCUAUAGUGUUUGGUGCCAAAGUUCUGGAACAUGUCCUCAAUCUGUGCCGAGGUAACUAUGACUUCCUGAAACAGCUUCCUGUCCCAUUGCUCCUGUACAUCAUUUCCUUUCUGGAGCUUGAAGAUACUGCCAGGCUUUCUCAAGUUUCACGCAGGUUUGAAACGAUAUGUGACAGUCAUGUCCUAUGACAAAAUAUUGUGGAGAACUUGUGUGACACAACUACACCUGAAAUGAAAGAACUUGCACAGGAAAUGGGCUGGAAACCAUUUUUUUUUUUUUUUUUUUUCACAAACAGACUAGGUACAGCUGCAGCUCCAAAGGAGGACACAGAAAUGAGAUCCUCAGAACAAAAAACUAACUGA